GUAUACAUGUUUGCGUGUGUGUGUGAUAUAGCUGUCGGCUUUUCGGUCCAACACCGCGUGGUUUGCAAUUUCUCCUCCUUCAGUCUUCAGUCUUCAGUCUUCAGUCUUUUGAUUUGAAAGUUUGAAGUUGAAUAGCAAAGAGGAAACUUUUCCAGUACAGCCGUAGAUCAUUCUUGACUUCUCAUCUGAACAUAUUCUUCUUCGAGUUGGCUUUUCUCUCUUUAGCUAGCUAAUUCAUUUCACAACAGCAGAAGCCAAAAGCCAAAAACCAGAAGCCAGAAGUCCUCGAUUAAGCUUCUCACCUCACCUGCAGAAACUCAUAGUUUCACUGAUCCAAUGCAUAAACAGAAGUACAGUAUUAAGCUAGCUGCCUAACAUCUUGAUUUGAGUCGUCACCGGAGACCAGUAUAGAACGUUAGCAGUUUAGACGUUGACCGUUAGCUGUUGGUGGCAAAUGGCAAUGGCGGGCUGGCUGGAGGUCAUGGGACGAUGGUAGGUAGGGAUUGGUGGGGUCUCAUCUGGUUGGAUAUUUAUGUGGGUUACAGGGAAUCACACCUCCUCCCUCCCUCUAUAAUUCAAUGCAGACCUUUUAUCUCUGGAAUCGACCUUCUUUCACAUUCAAUCCAAAUUGCGGGGUCCAAAUUGGGAAUGCUUGUGGGGCCCAUGUGGGAUCCACUUGUUGUUAUGUUCCGUGCUGUCUUCACCUCAUGGCCUUGUCUUUUGUGUAGAUUUCAUCCAAAAGCCAAUUUUCAAGAUGGCAACUUUUCUGGGAGGGGCUACACUGUUUACUCUUAUCGGGGUCUCUUGAGAAACUUACAAACAAUAUUUUAUUGUUUACGAGAUAUCACCAUUCGUGUCAACAUGACGUUAUAUUCGUGUCAUAAAAAUCAUCGUUCAAUUUUAAAGUCAGAACUUACCUACACUUAGGAUUUCAUCCCAAAUCAACCAUAAAAGCAAUGUGUCUUGUUUCAUAUCAGUAUCAAUAUCAAUAUCAAUAUCAUAGUGUCUUGUGUAUCGUUUCGAACAUGACACUGUAUUAUCAGUUCAAGUUGUCCCAAUGGCAUCUGAGGGCGUAGGUAAGUCUACCUCCAGUUUCAGGAGGCUGAUUACAGAAACGUUUCUUGUUUAAAUUGUCUGUGAAAAUGUGAAGACAAAGGAAGAAACUUGGGACUGCAUACUACAAGUUUUGGGUACAAACCCAAAUCCAAGACCUGCCCUUUUGACUUUAAGGACGGUGCCUAAAUCUCAAUGCAAUUUAUCCACUUCAAAACCAAGUUUGGUUUUAGUUUGUUUUUAUCUUUUCUUUUUCGUCCAGGUUGCAUUGCUACUUUUGUGCCAAAUGUCCUUCUGUAACUCCUAAUUCCCCCAUUUGCCCAAUUGACAGCAAUCCUUAUUUCUUCCACGACAUUCCUUCAUAUAAAUUUGGAUGGAGGCAGCUGCAAAUUAAAUCAAACUUCCAAUUCAUCCCAAAAAAAAAUGAAGAAAUGCAACGUUUCAAUUCUUUCCCAACAUUUGCUUCCGCUGAAGAUCCUGCUGUUACUAGGAAUGGCUGUCGGAGAUCCAAGAACGAAGACGGUCCAAAUAAUGUGCGCCAACCAACGUGAGCACAACACAACCGUGUUUGUUCCGAAUUUUGUCAGCAAUAUGGCAAACAUCAGUGAACAAAUGCAAACUUCCGGCUUCGGAGUGGCAGUCACCGGUUCAGGCCCCGACACCAACUACGGCCUAGCUCAAUGCUAUGGAGACCUUUCUCUUCUAGACUGUGUGCUAUGCUACGCCGAGGCGCGUACAGUGCUUCCCCAAUGUUUUCCUCACACUGGGGGUCGGAUUUUCCUCGACGGUUGCUUCAUGAGGUCUGAAAACUAUAGCUUUUACGAGGAGUUUAGAGGAUCGGAAGAUAGUGUUGAGUGUGGGAACACCACGAGGAAGAGUUCGGCGUUCGGAGCCUCGGCAAGGCAGGUUGUGAAGCGUGCGGUUGAGUCUGCGCCAAGCAACCGAGGAUAUGCAAGGGGUGAGGUGAGCGUGAGUGGGAUGGCAAACGAGUCAGCUUAUGUGUUGGCUGAUUGCUGGAGAACUUUGGAUGAGAGCUCUUGCAGACAGUGUUUGGAAAAUGCAUCUGCAUCAAUGUUGGGAUGCUUGCCUUGGUCCGAGGGGCGAGCGUUGUACACCGGGUGCUUUAUGAGGUAUUCAGACAGAGAUUUUCUCAACAAGGAAAUGGGAAAUGGAAGCUCCAGAGGUACCACUAUUGUCAUAGUAGUUGCAGUUGUCAGCUCCUUGGUAGUUUUGGUAGUUGGAGUAGCCAUCGGAUUUUAUAUCUGGAAGCACAGAUAUAUACAAAAGAAAAGAAGAGGAUCAUAUGAUGCAGAGAAGUGGGCGAAAACCCUAAACGACAGUAGCUUAAACUUCAAGUACUCAACAAUUGAAAAGGCCACGGGGUCUUUUGACAUUGUCAACAAGCUUGGACAAGGAGGUUUCGGAACUGUUUAUAAGGGAGUUCUGGCUGAUGGGAGAGAGAUUGCAGUGAAGAGGCUUUUCUUCAACAACAGACACAGAGCAGCAGAUUUCUACAAUGAAAUCAACAUUAUAAGCAGCGUGGAACACAGAAACUUGGUCAGGUUGUUAGGCUGCAGUUGCUCGGGACCUGAAAGCCUUCUCGUCUAUGAAUACCUACCGAACAGGAGUCUUGACCGCUUCAUCUUCGAUCAAGAAAGAGCUAAAACACUUAACUGGGAGAGGAGAUAUGAUAUCAUUGUCGGAACAGCAGAAGGUUUAGCCUACCUUCACGACAACUCAAAAACAAGGAUCAUUCACAGAGACAUAAAAGCGAGCAAUAUACUUUUGGAUUCAAGGCUUCGUGCUAAAAUUGCAGAUUUUGGUUUGGCCAGGUCUUUCGAGGAAGAUAAGAGUCACAUCAGCACAGCAAUUGCAGGAACAUUGGGAUACAUGGCUCCAGAAUACCUAGCUCAUGGCCAGUUGACAGAAAAGGCAGAUGUCUAUAGCUUCGGAGUGCUUAUAUUGGAGAUCAUCACUGGAAGGCAGAACAACAGGAGCAAAUCUGCAGAGUACUCAGAUGGCAUAGUUACAAUUACCUGGAAGCACUUUCAAGCAGGGACUGUAGAGGAACUGUACGACCCAAAUUUAAUGUUGCAGAAUUGCCAUGACAAUGUUAAGGAUGAGAUAUUCAGAGUGGUUCAGAUAGGACUUCUAUGCACCCAAGAGAGUUCCUCUUUACGACCAACAAUGUCAAAGGCGCUGCAGAUGCUAACAAAGAAGGAGCUGCACCUACCUGCGCCCACCAAUCCACCUUUUAUAGAUGAAAAGACCAUGGAACUCAAUGACCACGGCGACGACCAAUGUUACCCUCUAAAUGCAGAUGGUGCUUCUUCAGUUGCGAGUGUUUCACAUAGUUCUUUCUAUCCAAGGUGAUCACAACAUGGUGAAAAGUGAAAACUGUUAGGAUAUAUAUUAGUGUGUGGGAUUAUGACACUUGUCAAUAGAUUGUGCAUUUAGUUAGUUAGUUUGUUACAUGUAUUUGAGCUUCUAUAUAAGUCUAAAUGUAAUGACUUCAUGAGUAAGUAAUAUUCAACACAAGAUAUUCAUCUCUC